CUUGCUUUACGAUGAAAACUUUUAAUUUCUAGUAUUUGCAAAAUUUUUCAUUUUAAAGAUUUUUUGCAAGUUUAAUUAACAUAAACUAAAGUUUAUUAACCAUAUAUUCAAAUAAUUGGUGUAUCAAAGGAGGAAUUUUGAAGCAAUACACUAAAUAUGUCUUCUGGAAGACCUAUAAAAUGUGUAGUUGUUGGUGAUGGAACGGUAGGAAAAACUUGCAUGUUAAUUUCUUAUACAACAGAUAGUUUUCCUGGUGAAUAUGUACCCACUGUUUUUGAUAACUAUUCGGCUCCUAUGGCUGUUGAUGGAAUACAAGUUUCACUUGGUUUAUGGGACACGGCUGGACAAGAAGAUUAUGAUCGACUGCGUCCUUUGUCAUAUCCACAAACAGACGUAUUUUUAAUAUGUUUUAGUGUUGCUAGUCCAUCGUCUUUUGAAAAUGUUACCUCAAAAUGGUAUCCUGAAAUAAAACAUCACUGCCCAGACGCUCCAAUAAUAUUAGUUGGUACUAAAAUAGAUUUACGAGAUGAUAGAGAAACGUUAAGUGGUUUAGCCGAGCAGGGGCUAUCACCUUUAAAAAGAGAACAAGGACAAAAAUUAGCCAAUAAAAUAAGAGCUGUAAAAUAUAUGGAAUGUUCGGCACUCACGCAAAGAGGUCUUAAGCAGGUAUUUGACGAAGCUGUUAGAGCUGUAUUGAGACCAGAACCACAAAAACGUCGUCAAAGAAAGUGUAUAGUUAUGUAAUUACGAAUCUCAUAUACGAGCAGAAAGAUAUCUUACUUUUUUUUUUAAAUUAUAAAAACCAAAAAUGGUUUUUGUAGUAAUUAUUUAUUUUCAUUUAAAUUUAUAUAUAUAAUCUUAGAAAAGUAAACAAAAAUAUAUAUAAAUAUGUUUACAUAAUAUAUAUAUAUAUAUAUAUCUAUAUAUAUAUAUAUACUUAUAUAUGUAGCAUAAGUGUAUAUAUAAAUAUAUAUAUAGAACAUACAUACAUAAUAUAAAUAUAUAACAAUAAUUGUUAGGCCUAUUAUAUUUAAUAGUUUUUACUAAUCAAUGUAUUUAUCAAGAAAACGUGAAUACUAUAUUAAAAAUCUUUUUAAUCCUCUAUAUUAAAUUUAACGUACAUACAUUCAUGUAAUAGUUAAUACAUAUAAAUACUCGAAACUACAAAUUUUUACUCAAACGCGACUUUAUAAAUACGUUUUACAGAAAAAGAAACUCAAAACACACAAUUCCUACGUUCAUGUAUUUUAAUUGCUAAGACUGAAUAUCAACAAUAAACUCUCGCCAGUUAAUUUUUUAUCACAUAUUAUUUGGUUUUUUCUAAGUUCAAAUCUUAAAACGAAAGAAAAUAAUUUUUUACACAAAAUAUUUAAAAACGUAUAACAUUAAUUUACAAAAUGGUAUUAUAUUAUAAUUUAUGCUUUUCUAAAUUAGAAAAUGUCCAAAAUUUCUGUUCUGAACUAUUUGGUGCCAAUUAUAUAUUAACGCGUGUUUAUCAGUUUUUUAUAACGUAAAUGUAAAACUGACUCCAAGUAACUGAAGAAUCUUAAAAUGAGCCAAAUAUAAAUACUACUUGUAAUGCUUGUUUUCUAAGAAGUAAAUAUUUGAUUUAGAUUAAAAAAUAUUAUGUACUUAGUCUUCUAUUCUUUUCUUGUAAAAAAAUUUGGAUACUAAAUUAUUUUAAAUAAUUACAUACAACGGAUGCCAUAUUACAUACAUUAAGUAUAAAAAAAAUCCUUAAAAUAUAAUAUUAGUACAACACGCAAAACAUUGUAAAGUAGUUAAAUUACCCAUAAAACAAUAAUAAAUGAAUAUUAUAUAGUAAUAAAUGAAAAUUUGUAUUAUCACCGCUCUUUUUUACUCCAAAUUUCUAAACUACAUUCUAAUGUAAUUAGAUAAAAAAAAACCUCUUAGAAAAAUUAUGGAAUUCUAAAAUAUAUACAAAAAAAUAUUUUUAACUUAAGAAUUUUAAAAAAACAAAAUAUACUUAAUCAAUUAUAAUUUUAUUUUAAAUUUUGAAAAAUCCCUUAAUGUCUUUUUAAAUUAAUAUUAAGAACAUAUUCAUCCAAAAAUUGAAGUAUCUUCGUCCAGUGCUAAAAAUAUUAUUUUAAUUUAGUUAUUGUUACUGAAUUUUAUUAAUGCAAUUUUUUUUUUGGUUUAUUAAAUUUGGGUUACUUAAUAUAAAAUUGUCUUCUAUUUGUUUUUUAUUUUUAUAUAUAAUUUUUCAAUAAAACAAUUUAAAUAUACCAAAGUUCAAAAUAUGUUCUUUAGAAUUACGAUAUGUAAUGAAGCUGAAAAUAUUACAAAAACAAAAACACAAUUAAAAUGAAUCUAGUCAAUUUAAUAAAGGUAGUAAUACAUGAAGAGCAAAUUAAAAUAAAAUGGCAAAUUAACAGAAGAAAUUAAUAUAUAAUUCAAAAUGAAAAAAGAAGUUUUGUUAUUUAAUUUUUCUUAUAACAAAUGUGGUAAACGUAUUUUUGCAAGUUUUAUGUAACGAAAGUACAACAAUAGAAUUAAGUUUUAAUGAAUUAGACAGAUUUACAUAUAUUUAAACUAUACAUUAUUUUAUAUAAUAUGCUUUGACUUGUCAAAGAAAAGUGUUUAUGAAAAUUUUUGUAAAAUGGAGUUUCUGCAUUUCGAAAUUUAUUCUAUCAUUCAUUAAUUUUGUAAUACAAAAUUUAAAGUAAUGAUUGAAAUUCCUUCACGUUUUUAUUAAGAAUUUUUGUUUUUGAUACGUACUAUAAAUGUACAACAUGUUGUUUUAAAUUACAAAAAAGACAUGAUACCAAUAGUCGUAACAAAUAUUUCCCUUUUUGAUAUAAAACCAUACGCAAGACGAUUUGGUUUUGUAAAAAAUAUUACAUAAUAUGUAACAGAUAUUGCACGGCUGUUUUAUUAUGACAAUGUACUUGAAAAAACGUAAUUUUAACGUGAUAGAAUUAUAAAUUGUAACUAAUGUCAAAAUUUUUUGAUUAUUAUAAUUAUGUACCUUUCGUUACAUAAAACUUUAUGUCACCAAAAAUAAAUUGAAAAUUACAUUUGUCUUCUUUAAUCAUUUGUUUUAAUACUCGAUAUUUACAUUUUAAUAAUAAUCAUAUUUUAUUAUUACAUACUUAGUAAUUUUAGAAUUUUUGAUACAGAUUAUGUUCUACCUAAAUAAUUGAACUAAGAAUAAAAGUAUUUAAUAUAAA